AUGGGCUUGUUCCGCCAAAAGAAGAAGUCCACACAUGCAGGAGAGAAGGACGAGAAGGUGGAAGCCGACAUCCCCCCACCGUUGAUGACGAUGCUCAAGUCAGUGCAGGAAAUGGACAGGAAACCGCCCGUGACGCUCGCGCUAAUGGGGAUCAUGUAUUUGCUACAUGUGCAAGCCAAGCGGAUGCCAUCGUUGCUGCUGUCGUAUGCGCUAUGUCCUGGCAAAGUGGCAGCAAAUAAGGAAAUUGGGGCGGUGAUCCUUGCACCUUUCAUUCACUCAGAGGAACUCUAUCUGUUGUCUUUCCUGUGGAAAGGGUACAAGCUUGAGGGUCGGCUGGGAAGUAUCGGCUUCUGCAUACUUUUGGUCUAUUUGAUCGUGGUGUCUCAACUUCUCAUCGUGUUUGGUGCACACAUGAUCUCAAUGGGGGCAACACAAGAGUGUUUUACCGGUUUUUCAGGAGUGCUCACGGCGAUGAAGGUGAUUUUAAAUGUCAACUCGCCAACUUUCACGAAACUCUACAGUUUCAAAAUCCCGACAAAAUACGCAGCGUGGCUUGAGCUGUUGAUCACGUAUCUUCUUGUCCCGAAGUUGCCAUUGCUGGCUCAAGCUGCUGGGCUCGUUGCAGGAUACAUCUACGUCGUGACUCCAAACGCAGAAGCUCUUGUUGGGUGUGCAUCGCGACACGUUCAUCGACUUCUAAUUCGAUUUGGGCUCAUCAAACGACCCUUUCAAUGGUAUCAGAUCUGGUCAAAAUUUAUGGAUUCCAUGCAACGAAGAAAAAAACGUCGAGCAGCACGAAAAGAAUUAUAG